AUGCGGAUGUGCAUUGAUUACCGCCAGUUGAACAAAGUCACCAUCAAGAACAAGUAUCCAUUGCCCCGUAUUGAUGAUUUGUUUGACCAGCUGCAGGGUGCUAGGGUGUUCUCUAAAAUUUACCUGAGGUCAGGGUAUCAUCAGCUGAAGAUUCGGGAUUCAGAUGUCCCGGAGACCGCAUUCAGAACUAGAUAUGGCCACUAUGAGUUCCUGGUGAUGUCAUUUGGCUUGACUAAUGCUCCAGCGGCAUUUAUGGACUUGAUGAACAGGGUGUUCAGGCCCUAUAUUGAUUCCUUUGUUAUCGUCUUCAUUGACGAUAUCUUGAUAUACUCGCAUAGCCUGGGGGAGCACGAGCAGCAUUUGAGAGUAGUGCUUCAGACCUUGCGAGAGCAGAAGCUUUAUGCUAAGUUCUCC